GAAAUCAUCCAACACUCAAGAAUUCAGUGUCUAAAAUAUUUAGAGGGACAAUGAAUAAACAAAUGAAUAUACAAAUAAAUAAACUUUUACAUCAGAAAGAGAAGAGCAAUGUGUGUGUGAAGAAAGAGGGGAAGAUCGAUGGACGGCAGAUGAGUGUAAUAGAGCUUCCAGCUCUCUCUCGUCUCUCAGAGGAGGACGUGAUGCGGGAGACUCUCCACGGUGUGUCUCUCUGUGAUCCUGGAGUUCAUCUUUUCAUCCUCGUUACUCCUGUCAGUCCACUCACUAAUGAAGACAGAGCAGAAAUGGAGAAGAUUAAAGGAAUAUUUAACUCUAAUGAGCACUUCAUGGUGCUUUUCACAACUGAACUCACUGUUGACAAAAGUGUGACAGAUUUUGUAGCGUCCACAGAGUCUCAGAGUGUUGUGAGUCUCUAUGGGAGCUGGCACAGUUUGAUGGGGUUGAAGGACCAGAGAAACUCUCAACAGAUCUCGGCCAUGUUAGACUGUAUAGAGAGCAUGAAGACUGAACCCUAUUCUCUUCAGACGUAUAUAAGAGCUCCAGAGAGGAGAGUCAGACAUGAACUAGAGGAGAAACUGAGAGUGAGAGAUAAUGAAAUCAAAGAUUUACAGCAAAAGAUCAAGACACUGGAUCCAGAGGGUGUGAAGCUGAAUCUGGUUGUGUGUGGGAGUAACAGAGAAUUAAAAUCCUUCACAUCAAACCUGAUCCUGAAGCAGAGCGAGAGCAGAUCCGAGCUGAGCUCCGAGUGUGUGAGGAGAGACGUGGAGCUUGAUGGACGUCUGAUCAGUCUGCUGGAG